GUGGAAUUGCAUAAGCCAACAGUUUCAAGCCGAUUGUCAUUUUCGCCAUGACCGAUCAGUUGGAGCUGCUUCCUCGCCAACACGCGGACUUUCGCCGCAAGGAGUAUUGGGACGAGUUCUUCACCAAGCGACAAGAGAAGGCGUUCGAAUGGUAUGGCGAGUACUCGGCGCUCCGCCCGGCACUGCACAAGUCUGUCAAGCCCAGCGAUCGCAUCUUGGUCGUGGGUUGCGGGAACUCGGACCUGAGUCCCGAUUGGACGAAGGACGGAUACCCCCACGUGACGUCCAUGGACUUCAGCGAGUUGGCAAUUGACGAAAUGCGUCACAAGCACCCGUCGAUGCAGUGGGAUGUCAUGGACAUGACCAAGAUGACGUACACCGACGCGUCCUUCGACUGCGUGAUGGACAAGGGCGCGUUGGAUGCGCUCAUGGCCACGGACGACGCUCCAGUCCUCGCGGAUGCCGUCAAGAUGUUUCACGAAGUCGAUCGCGUCCUCGCGCCUCGUGGAUCGUAUGUAUGCAUCACGAUGGCGCAGGACUUUAUCCUCAAGCAUGUCUUGCAUGCGUUCUCCGAGGUGUUGCCGUCGUACACGAUCACCAUCACUGAAGUGCCGCGAUCCAAAACGUCGCCGUUCGUGCCCUUCUUCAUCGUGUUCACCAAGUCCACGUCAUCCUCCAUGGUCCAGUACAACGGCAAGACGUACGUCCACGAGUCUGGCGCGUUGCGGGCGCAGUGGCUGCGGCACCAAGUCGAGGCCACGCAGUGGUUUAUCAUGUCCCAGAACGAGCUCAAGCAGAUCCAAGUGGGUCGGCAGCGCCUCAUCGAACUCAUGGCGUCGACGUCCGCCCUCAACACGACACCCCGCUACAUCGUCCGCCUCGUAGACGUGCAGGCGCGUGGUCCCAACGGCACUUGCGGCGUCUUCCUCGUGCCCCAAGGUCGAGAGCACGAGUUCCUCUUCGCCACGGACGAAGGCGCGAUGGAGCUGGCGUCCGGCGCCGGCUUUAGUCGGUUUCUGAUCGUCAGUCUUGGCCGCACGCACACAUUUGAGAGCUUGGAAGCGGUGCAGCUCGAGUUGAACCCGAAAAUGCUAGAGUUGUGCCCCGAUAGCGCCGCGAAAGACGAGAAAAUCCCGUAUAUGACGGUGCAGGAAGGGCUGGGAGAGCGCCACGUCAUUGGAAAUGGCACAACCGAUCUCAGUGGCGACUACUUGAUCGAACAAGUCGACAUGCACCGACGCCUCGUUUUUCUCAGCAACAACAACACGAUCCAGAGUGAAAUCCGCCUCUUGCCGCCGCUCACAGCGAAACAAUUGAAGGAAAAGGCCAAAAAGAACAAAAAGAAGGGAGGUACGACCCGCCUUCGCUUCGAUGCGACGUACUUGGCGUUCGAGUACCACAAGAGCAUGGCGGCGAUCUUGCAUUACACGGUGGCGCUGUCGACUGCCAAUAGUCACCACAAAAGUCUGCUCAUUGGACUGGGGGGAGGCUGCCUAGCCAGCUACGUGCAGGCCACGAUGCCAUCGGUGACACUCACAGCAUGCGAGUUGGAUCCGUCGGUGGUGACGCUGGCCAAAGACUUCUUUGGCUUCCAAACCAACCACCACCUCGAUGUCGUCGUUCAAGACGGGCUCGUGUGUCUGCAAGACGCAGCGCCUGCCUCGUACGACUCGAUCCUUGUGGACGUGGACGCCAAAUCGGACGAAGAAAAGGCGCUGGGGCUGACUGCGCCGCCGUUGGCAUUUCUUUCGGACACGACCCUUGCCAAUGUCCAUUCGGCCUUGCGAGACGGCGGUGUGUUCCUUGUCAACGUGGCGUGCCGGUCGAGUGAAAAGAACAAGGCGAUUGUGGGCAGUCUGCGCCGCAUCUUUGGCUCGACUGCCCACGUGGUGGAGCUCAAGGCGUCCGAGCACGACGUCAAUCGCAUCGUGUGCGCCGUCAAGGGGCCGACGCCCAUCGAUCUCGUCCAGUGGCGACAAACGACUGUGCCGUCGGCGCCAGGCUUUGAAGAAGACGAAGUGGCCGACUUGAUUGGGCUCAUGGACAUUGCCGAAUAAUCAAAACCAGCUUGGGAAUCAAUCACCAUUUGCUUGGGUUGCUAGAGUAUCACUGGAACUUCUGAUUGGCU